AUGGACAUGUUGGACUGGGAUUCAAUAGGUCAACCUGAGAAUCUUCAACAAUUAGAACAUCUGGAAAAGGUGUACGAGGUGCUCGAUACGUAUCUCUGGCUGUCGUUGCGAUUCCCCGAUAUGCUUCCUGACGAGGUGCCGGUUCGCGACGCGUGCCGACAACUAGACGCUAUGCUGCAGAUUUCAGUCGAAAAUAUUCUUGAACUGCUUGAUAAUUCAGCAGUGGGAGACGCUAAGAAGGGCUCGAUAUUAAAAAAGAUGCGGGAGCGCGCACAAACUUUGAAAGAGAAAGAGGAGUUUGAAGAGGCUAAGAAGAAGGAGCUUCGGUUGCCUGACAAGCGAAAAGGCGUAAGAAAGUCGGUAUUACAGUCAGUUCUAUCGCGUACUGACCUCACACCUGAAGAACUAGAGCAGCUAAAGCAAGAAUUGAAUGAACAGAAAAAUUUGAAUAGCUGA